UUCGAUAACCUAACCCAAAACAUAGGGUCUGCGUGAUACCUCGCUGUCGAUCCGUAAUACUCAGAUAUGAACGCCUCAUAAAGUGGUUGGAUGAAUAAGCACUUGGUCGUGACUCUUGAAAAGAAGUUGCGUUAGAUAUUAAUCAACAUGGCAUCCGUCCAGGCUCCCCCAGCCGUCCACCAUGCUGGCUCCUCUGCUAUGACUGGGCAGAUGACUCAGCAACAGGUGCAGGAAGUGUAUAUGAAAUUCAGACAGAUGAAGGAGCAAGGCGUUCCCCAGACUGACCCUGAGUUCAUGAAAAUGAGUCAAUUCCUGAUGACUGUACAACAGCAGCAACAGAUGCGCAAGCAGCAGCAGAAUUAUAUGCAGAUGCAGGCUGCUCAGAUGUCGCAUAAUGCCCCUAAUGGCAAUGUUAAUGGCACGCCAACAGGCCCGCGACCCCAGCAACCUAACUUACACACUACUCAGCCUCCGUCAUCAGCUGCUUUGAAUGCCUCUGCCUUAUCCUCGAGCACUGGGCCAACUGUCCAACCAAUCGCAUCAUCUCCUUCGACGGCAUCUCCUAUGGCAGCACAAUUCUCGCAACAACAGCUUGGUCUCCUUAGGCAACAGAUCCAAGCUUUUAAGUUGCUCAGCAAAAAUGCUGGCGUCCCAUACCAGAUGCAGCAGGCACUAAACGCGCAACGUCAACGUAGACAGGCCGUUGCCGAGCAAUCCUCUCACCCCCCUACUCACUCCACUUCGACCCGAGCAACACCAGCUCCCGAGGUAACGAAAGCUGACUCUGCUCCUCCUGAGGAAAACACCGAACCCAAAGAUUCUGGGUUCAAGUCAAAAACUUUUAAGACACUUAAGUCUCCCUACGAAGGUGGUCUUGUCCGUAAGGAAAUUAGCUAUCACGAUCAUACCCAACGGAAACAACGUCUUGUCAUCCCUAGUAUAUUCCCUACGGGUGUCGACUUUGAGCAGUUGAGACAUGAACGCGAGAUCAUCAUCUUCAAUCGCAUGAAGGCUAGAUAUGCUGAACUAAAAUCAUUGCCUGGAAACAUCUCCCAUUGGGAUACUACUAGGGCAUCGCUUGACCCCGAUGAUACAUUGAAGCGAAAAGCCGUAAUCGAGCUGAAGUCUCUUGGCUUAUAUGCUAAGCAGCGUGCCUUACGUGAGAGGAUUGGACGUGCGAUGAUGCACUACGAUAAUCUGGCGAUGACCACUAACCGUAGCCAAUACCGCCGAACGAAGAAGCAGAGCGUACGUGAAGCUCGCAUCACCGAGAAGCUUGAGAAACAGCAACGAGACGCUCGAGAGACACGUGAGAAGAAGAAGCAUAUCGAUUUCCUCCAAGCUGUACAACACCACAAAUCCGAGAUUUUCAAUUCCGCGCAUUUGGCUAAGAAUAAAAUGUCGCGAAUUGGACGUGCCAUGCAUUUGCAUCACUUCAACAUCGAGAAGGAAGAGCAGAAGCGGAUUGAGCGCACUGCCAAGCAACGUCUUCAAGCUCUUAAAGCUAACGAUGAAGAAGCCUACCUCAAACUGCUCGACCAGGCUAAGGAUACCCGUAUCACCCAUCUUCUUAAACAGACUGAUGGAUUUCUGCACCAGCUUGCAUCCUCCGUCAAGGCUCAGCAACGCCAAGCUGCGCAACGCUAUGGCGAGGAGACUGGAGAAUAUGUGCCAGAAGAGGAAAGCGAAGUCGAAGAGGAAGACGAAGAAGCCAACAAGAAAAUUGAUUACUAUGCUGUGGCCCAUCGUAUCAAAGAAGACGUCACGGAGCAGGCCAACAUACUCGUCGGCGGUACCCUCAAAGAAUAUCAGAUCAAAGGUUUGCAGUGGAUGUUGUCUCUUUACAACAACAACCUCAACGGUAUUCUUGCCGACGAAAUGGGUCUCGGAAAGACUAUCCAGACCAUUAGUUUGAUCACAUACCUCAUCGAGCGCAAACUGCAGCAAGGACCAUACCUUGUAAUCGUCCCCCUAAGUACAUUGACCAACUGGAACUUGGAAUUCGAAAAAUGGGCCCCGUCUGUUAGUCGUGUUGUCUACAAGGGGCCUCCAAAUGCACGAAAACAACAGCAGGAGAAGAUUCGGCAAGGAAAGUUCCAGGUAUUAUUAACGACCUACGAAUACAUCAUCAAGGACCGCCCGGUUCUUAGCAAGAUUAAGUGGUUCCACAUGAUUAUCGACGAAGGACAUCGUAUGAAGAACACUAAUUCAAAGUUGAGUGCUACUAUCUCACAGUACUACAACACUCGAUUCCGUCUCAUUCUUACUGGAACUCCCCUCCAAAACAACCUGGGUGAAUUAUGGGCAAUGCUCAACUUCGUCCUCCCGAAUAUCUUCAAGUCGGUGAAGACAUUCGAUGAAUGGUUCAACACGCCCUUCGCAAACACCGGUGGACAGGAUAAGAUGGAACUGAAUGAAGAAGAACAAAUUCUCGUCAUUCGUCGUCUUCAUAAGGUCUUGCGACCAUUCCUCUUACGUCGUCUCAAGAAAGAUGUCGAGAAAGAUCUACCGGACAAGACAGAAAAGGUUAUCAAGUGCAAGUUCUCUGCGCUCCAGACGCGGCUAUACAAACAGAUGGUUACACAUCAAAAGAUUACAGUCAGCGAUGGGAAGGGCGGUAAGACUGGAACUCGCGGUCUCAGCAACAUGAUUAUGCAGCUUCGAAAACUUUGCAACCAUCCUUUCGUCUUCGACGAGGUAGAGAACCAAAUGAAUCCUAUGAACACGAGCAACGACCUUCUCUGGCGAACGGCUGGCAAGUUUGAGCUACUGGAUCGAAUUUUGCCAAAGUACAGAGCUACUGGACAUCGUGUUUUGAUGUUCUUUCAGAUGACAGCGAUUAUGGACAUCAUGGAGGACUUCCUUCGGUUCCGUGGGAUACAGUAUCUGAGAUUGGACGGUACUACAAAGUCCGAGGAUCGAUCUGAUCUUCUGAAAACAUUCAACGCUCCUGACUCACCAUAUUUUAUGUUCUUGCUUUCCACACGUGCGGGUGGUCUAGGUCUAAACUUGCAGACAGCCGAUACCGUCAUUAUCUACGAUUCGGACUGGAAUCCUCACCAGGAUUUGCAAGCUCAGGAUCGUGCCCAUCGUAUCGGCCAGAAGAACGAGGUGCGUAUCUUGCGACUUAUCAGCUCUAACUCCGUCGAAGAGAAAAUUUUGGAACGCGCCAGAUACAAGCUUGAUAUGGAUGGCAAGGUUAUUCAGGCCGGUCGAUUCGAUAACAAAUCGUCCGAAACUGACCGUGAUGCUAUGCUUCGAACGCUACUGGAGUCUGCAGAUAUGGCUGAUUCUGCUGAGCAAGAUGAAAUGGAUGAUGAGGAGCUGAAUUUGAUCCUCGCUCGAAGCGACGACGAGGUUGGCGUCUUCCAGAAACUUGAUGAGGAACGUGCAAAAGACCUUACAUAUGGCAAUGUUCCGGGCUCGAAACGUGUCCCGCGUCUUAUGGCCGAAGAUGAACUCCCCGAGAUAUAUCUAUCAGAAGGCAAUCCAGUCGACGAAGAGCAAGAAGAGGUAUUAGGUCGUGGUGCUCGUGAACGGACUAGGGUUAAAUAUGACGACGGCUUAACUGAGGAGCAAUGGCUCAUGGCUGUGGAUGAUGACGAAGACUCGCCAGAGGCAGCAGCAGCGCGGAAGCAGGCCCGAAAAGACAAACGAGAAACAAACAAGCUCAAGCGGCUAGCGGUACUUGGACCAUCAGGUGCCAAUUCUCCGGUUGCAAGUCGUGCAAGCACCGAAGAGAUUGAUACGCCACCUAAGAAGCGUGGUCGUAAGCCCGGCAGUAAGAACGAGAAACGCAAGGCCGAAGAUGAUGAUGGCGAGCCGCCUGCCAAGAAGCGACGUGGGCCUCAGGGACGCCCUCGAGCAAUAUUUGGCAACGGUAACGACUCGCGUAUCAGCUUCGAGGUGCGACAAGUUCUCCAGAGAAGUUUGCGCAAUAUUUACGAUGGUUUGAUGGGUCUCGAAGCCGACAUUGCACCUGAAGAUCAGGUUGACGAUGACGACGACGAUGAACCUACCAAACGUCUCAUCAUUGGACCAUUCAUCAAACUACCAUCCAAACGAGAUUACGGCGACUAUUAUGUUCUCAUUCAGAAUCCGAUUUGCAUGAAUCAAAUCAUGGCCAAGAUCAAGAAGGAAGAGUACAAUAGUAUCAACGACAUGCGCCGAGACAUUGUCUUGAUGUGUAACAAUUGCAGAACCUACAAUGAAGACGGUAGUCUUCUUUAUUCGGAUGCAAUUGAUAUGGAGAAAUUCUUCAAUGCGAGAGCGCAACAAGAAAUAAACGAGCACCCGGAACUGGGCGAGCUCGAAGACCCGUUCGGCAAGGAUAGUUCGGUCCCGCCUACAAGCGCCGGAACUCCCCAAUCCUCCGCAAACACUACGAGAAUAAAGCUGGUGACCAACGGCGCUAGCCAAGGGGGUAUGGGCGCAGGUGGCGCCCUAAGUGAUGGUGAACAAUAGUGAUCCAGGAUCGGUGGCUUACGCCAGGUGGGCGGGCCAAUAGUUGACAUUACGGUGAUAAUUACAUUUCGGGCGGCUUUGCCAACGUGUUUUGUGAAACAAAGAUUUGCUUAGACCGCAUGGGUUCUCCCGAAACAGGGAGUCGGGGGGAGAGAAGUUUUUGGCGUUCUCAGGUUUAGGUCA